UCCCUCUAUAGCCUUGGCAAUCAACAGGUGUUGUAUGUAAUUAUAUUAUAUUUUAUUCUACCGGCACAGGUAAAGAGCUCGGUAGCUCAGCGGUGACUGUAAUACCUAUUUCCUGAAAUAGGCUGAACCAGGUUCUUAUCCGAUCGAUAAACAAAGUGACACACAUUAGCCAACGGGCUGGUCCCACAUGCACAACGUACGGGACAUGGGAAGGACUUCAUACGCCGAUACUCCUACCACAGACAGAAACUUGUGUGCUAUGCUCUUUGGCCUUACUAACACACGUGAAGAGACUUCAGGUGAAAUCACCUGGCAUUUCUGGUAAGGUGUCAGUUUUAAGAGAAAGAGAUUAAUAUCCUUGUUGUAGAGCGUCUUGACUUGAAAGGAUACCAACAAAGGGGACUACAGUUGUGUGCUAAGGCCACGCGGUGAGCGGCCAAUACACUGCUGAGGUAGAGCAGGAGGAUAUCCUCUCACAACCAGCUGACAGGAUUCCACGGUGCGGAAAUUCUUGGAAAUAUCUACGUCAAACGGACACGAAUUCUGGAGUACAGUAUUAGUCUGUAGUGAGUUAGUUUAUUUUGCUGGCGUGAUGUGUGGCCGGCGGGAAAUGCCCUCGCUGGGGGCAUUGUUGCCACCAACUGUUACCCUGUUUUUGAUACUGUUUCUCAGUCUAGGUCAAACACCCUCGGUGAUGGCCAACAGCACGGCUUCCCUGGCAUUUGCCUCAGACAUGGGGACACCAAACCUUACACCCAGUUCGACUCUCGAUCAUACACCCAGCUACACACCAAGCCCAGAACCCAGUUUGAACCCAAACCUGGCGAUGGACUCAAGCAUUAGGCCUACCCCUUAUAUGGAGCCAUCAUCUACUGUUGUUGAUUCAUCACCCAGUGACAAUGUCAUUUCCCCUUUACCAAGUUCUGCACAGAGAAACUUUAUGACAUCUACCACAGUGAUAAUGUCAUCUUCGGAAACCAUCACUUCCUCACCUGCCAUGCCAGAAAUUGCUACAUCAAGUGCAUCUCCCACGCUUGUUUCAGGAUGUGCAUCAGGUCCUUGUCAGAAUGGCGGAAACUGUACAGAUGAAGGAGAAUCUUUUAAUUGUAGCUGUCCCUCUACCUGGACAGGCCUCAGUUGUGAAACAGAUGUAAACGAAUGCAAUGACACGUCGAUAUGUGCUGAAUUUGCACAAUGCAGCAACACAGAUGGUGGUUAUGAGUGUUUAUGUAGUUCUGGGUUCAAAGGAGAUGGGAUGGAUGAAUGUGAAGAUGUUAAUGAAUGCAUAAAUGAUACUCUGAACACCUGUGGGAAAUAUAGUGACUGUAGAAAUACAAAUGGAAGCUUUGAAUGUGACUGUCAGCAAGGUACUCAGUUGAAUCAAGAUAUGAAAAUCUGUGAAGACAUAAAUGAAUGUCAGAAUGAGACACUGUUUGAUUGUCCAGAAUUCUCUGAAUGUGAAAACACUGUAAAAAAUUAUACGUGCAAAUGCAUAACUGGAUAUGUAAAGAAAGGUGACCUUUGUGAAGAUAUAAAUGAAUGCGAGACUGCCACCCUUAAUGACUGUCACAGAUUUGCGAACUGUACUAACAAUCCUGGUAACUUUACCUGUCAGUGUAAGGCUGGCUUCUCCGGAGAUGGGCACAAUUGUAUUGAUGUAGAUGAUUGCACCCCUAACCCUUGUAAGAAUGAAGGAACCUGUGGAAAUUCUAAAGCAGGGCAUUUUAAGUGUAUAUGUCCUGCUGGCUGGAGAGGUGGAGUUUGUGAAACUGACAUUGACGAAUGUAAAGAUACCACCCAUGACUGCUCUGAGAAUGCUGACUGCAAGAACCUGAAUGGAUCGCACAGCUGUACUUGUCAUCGUGGUUACCAUGGCGAUGGACAAAAGUGUACCAAGUUGAUGUUGUUUGAAGAUAAAUCUGAUGCUACAGAGGAGAAAGCUAUGGGAACUGUGACCUCAGUAUAUGGGCCAUUCCAAAUAGAGGGCAUAAGGGACGACAUCUUUGUACACAUGAAUGGCUAUCUUGUGAUCGGCAGUGGAUUGGUGCCCCAGUAUCCUCCCUCCCAAGACGAGCUGAAAAGCCUAGCCAAUGUGUAUGCCCCAUUUUGGUCCAGUAUCGACACCAGUGCAGGGUCUGGGAAAUUACUCAUAAGUCUACUGAAUGACCAGUCAGAUCGAUCCUUGCUCGACAACAUCGGAUUGGCAGUGAAUGUGACUGGCUCUCCUCUGAGGUCAGGGGUGAUGGCCACAUGGCACAAGGUCAGCCCUCUGCCAGCUACAUCCUACAUGGAAAAAGAGGUGGUCACCUUCCAGGUUGUGGUUGUCACCAAUUUGAAGAAGUCAUGGGUUAUUUAUAACUAUGACAUUGGCAAUCUUACCUGGAAUGAAAAGAGUGAAAACAGGACGAUUUUGGUGGGCCAUUCUAGGUCAGGAGCAGGUUUUGAUACUUUUGCAGUGAAUCCUGUCCAGGCAGAAUUUAAGUCUGCGUACAAUAUUGACAAGACCAAAGGAAACAAAGGUGAGGUAGGGAGGUUUGUGAUCGAUGGUCCACCUGUUUCUGAGAAUGGGGCAUGUCUGAGCUGGUACUUUAGUCUUAACAUGACACAGAUAAAAGAGGAGAUCAGUAAACUUCCGGCCUGCCCUUGCACUAGGGAACAAGCUCGACUAGAUGGUAACUUCUACUAUGACAAAAACACCAACACAGCCCAUCCAUGGUUUGAACCGAAACAGCAUUGUAAAUAUGACAGUGCUGCCUUUUUCUUGGAGAAAGGUUAUCCAGGGGGAGGCUACCCUAACAUUUCCCUGUCAUCUGUGAACCAGGCAGAGGGCUGGGCUGCCUGCUGUGAAGAUUCACAUACGUGUCAUAAGUUUUAUGAAGUUUUCCCAUCUGAUGACUGCUCAGGUUAUCAGCCUCCGACUCAGGGUAUUUCCUGGGGAGACCCACAUGUAACAACGUUUCACGGGACGGAGUACACAUUUAAUGGCUUGGGGGAAUUUGUCCUGUGGAAAACUGAUUCAUUGGAAAUCCAGUGCAGGACAGCGAGAGCUCAGGGAUCAAGUGAUGUGAACGCCACAGAAUAUGUAGCGUUUGCCAUGAAGGCAGAUGACUCAUCAAAUAUAGAAGUCCGAUACAAGAAUGCUUCACAUCCCAUGGAAAUUGCUGUUGAUGGCAAAGUAUGUAGACAUGAUGAAUGUCAUCAUUCGUCACAAGUCAUCGUAAUCAAGGAGAAUGCAUUUAUUCGCAUCGCAUUUGCCUCAGGAGUGAAUUUCAAGGUGACCAAAGGUAUCCAAAAUCUGGGAAUCUUUGCCUCCAUCCCCACUGCCAUGAACAACGGGCAGGCUUCAGGGUUGAUGGCAAUGACAGACAGCAAGCAUUUCCGAAUGAGAAAUGGAACCCUUCUUCCAAUGGAUUCUUCAGAAGAGAGUUUGUACCUGUUUGGUACUUCAUGGCAAGUUUUCAACGAAUCGGAUUCCUUAUUUAACUACAGCCUUGAUUUUCCCGAGAGCCAUGUGGACUUCAACCCCAAAGACUUCAUGCCCACGUUUUACAGAGAGAUGGGUAUUGAGGAACUCUUCCCUAAUGACACGGUGAGGGCUGAGGCCCAAGCAUUGUGUGGCAACAACACAGCCUGUCUGGUGGACUUUGCAGCUACAGGCAACAUUGCCCUGGCGAAUAAGACCAAACAACAACAGGCUGAAGCCGAGGAGGUUGCCAGCAUGAUCAAGAACAUGCCUCCUGUAUUUUUCAACAUGCCUGACCCCAUCAAUCUUGUGAUUGGAGAGGAGCUAGAAGUGGCCAUUAAUGCUUAUGACAAUGACACAGAGGACAGUGUGGCAUUCUUGUUUACACAAGCUGUAUUGCCGAUAGAAGCAGUCAAGAAUGAGACGGAUGGGCAGACUUACAUAAAACUGACUCCCCAUGCUCUGUCUCGUAACACUAGCAUCGUGUUGAAGCUGAUAGCUGAGGAUGGCCGUGGUGGGGCAGACAUCUACUGGCCAGAGAUCCAUGUAUGUGCAUGUCGUGACAAGGCUGAAUGCUUACCUGUCAUUGACAACCGUGACAAUAAUGCAGAGCGUUAUUAUUUGAAUAACUGUAAUUGCCAGCUGGGGUACCGUGGGGAUUUCUGCAUGGAGACGUAUGAUGUGUGUGCGAUUGAGAAGCCCUGUUACCCAGGGGUUAACUGUACCACAGGGGUUGGUCAGUUUGAAUGUGGACCAUGCCCAGAAGGCUUGAGUGGGAAUGGGAGCAUAUGUUACGAUGUAAAUGAAUGUCUGACUGCCAAUGAUUGUGAACAUGAGGAGAUGUGUAGAAAUUUGCCAGGUAGUUACAGCUGUGGGUGUAGGCCAGGCUUCACUCUGGAUGAAAACAAGAAAAACUGCACUGACGAUGAUGAAUGCUUGCCGAAAUCGCCGUGUCAAUUUGGUGAAUACUGUGAUAACCUGGAAGGCGGUUAUGAGUGCAAAUGUAAACCUGGAUACUUCAAUCGCACUGGCAGGUGUGAAAAAGAUGAGAAUAUCCAUGAAUACAACAUCAAAGUGCGCAUGAAGGAGACAGGAGCAGGGAUUAAGUACAGUGACAAGCUUAAGGACCGAAAUUCCAAGGAGUUUUCUCAACUGGAGAAACCUGUUAUUGAAGCAGUGGGCAAAUUGGUCAAUAUUAGUGAAUUCGUCAGUGUCCGAGUGGAAUCUUUUGAGCAUGGAAGUAUUAUUGCCAAUACUGUGGCCGGCUAUAGGAGACAAGUCUCGGAAGAAGACAUUAAUCAGGCUAUAGAAAAUUACCUUAAUGGCUGCUCCAAGAAUUGUUUAGUUGACAACCUGAUAAUAGAGAAUAUAACGGUAACAGACAGAGACUUCUGCCUGGAAUCCCUCAACGACUGCCAUGUGACGUCCACCAAGUGUCACAGUUUUAAUGGAACUUUCCGGUGUGAAUGUAGAGAGGGAUAUAAACCAUCAAAGUUCUCCAGCAGUCGCUGUGAUGAUAUUGACGAAUGUGCGACCAAUAAGAAUGACUGUGGGACAGCAACCUGUGUGAACAGCGUUGGCACUUUCACUUGUCACUGUGAGAAUGGAAAGGUGUUUGAAGAUAAGCAGUGUGUUGAUAAAUGUCACAAUAAGCCCUGUAAGAAUGGUGGCAGCUGUUUAGCUGUUGGUGACACCUUUGCCUGCAAGUGUUCUGAAGACUGGACGGGUCCAACUUGUGAAGAAGAGAAAGCAGAUCAUUGGAAAAAGACACUAAUCAUUGUGGCAUCUGUGCUUGGAAGUCUUUGUUUAAUAGCCCUCUUAGUCAUUUUGAUCUGUUGCUGUAGAAUGCGACAAACCAGCAAAGCCUACAGCGGUGUGUCGAUGGCCUCUGGGGAUGAGGCUGAAAGCAGCGUUUAUCAGGGCUGGAGCGGGAAGAUCCCUCGACCAAGACGCACACCUAAUGACAGCUUGGAGAUGGUGGAAAACGGCAGCAGAACUGGGGUUAGCGAUUAUGAUGAUUUGCGGAUGGAUGAUCCUAGUAAGCCCCUAACAGCCUUCAGGGCACCGGAUGUGACCGGCCAUGAGAACCCCUCAUUUGCUGGAGGCCAAGAUGGAGGUCAGCCAAAACCUGGCCGUACCAACGAGUAUUUCUAACAUUUUUUUCAUGGUCUACACCCUGUAUCCCAGUUUGUUUAUUGAAAUCAACCUGUGAUUGAAGAAAACAGAUUUCUGAUUUUCUGAUACAUGUGUACACAUGUAUAUAUUGGUAAUUGAUAUAUUAGACACUUGAGCGUUCCAUUUUUUAUUGAAUUUGUCUUUUAUUUUUUGUUGUACAAGAUUUAUUUUUCGUGGUGCAAAACUUUUUUUCAAAAACAUAAUAAUACAGUGCUGUUGGAGAAAACCAGUAACCUAGACUCUAUACUGAAUAGUUUCGUUAUACCAGACUGCCUUGUGCCUUGUCUAGCAAUGUAAAUGUGCCUUUAUUGUAACACAAGUCGUAAAAGAAUACAAAUUUAAUGCAGUACAAAAAUACAAAUUCUGGUGAAUUGUUUGCAUAGAAACUAGUAUUUACAUACAUACAUUGAUUGAGAUCUCCAAAAGCUUCCUUUUACAUUCCAGUAUGUGAAGUUGAAUUCUUCCUCCCAGAGUGGUUUGAAUUGUCCAUUACCAAGAGUGGAAUGUCAGUAAAUACAGGAAUAAUAAGUACUGAAGUAUUGAUGAAUUUAUGCGAACUUUUUUUAUGUUUUGUUUUCACCUGCCCGACAGAGCAUGCAUGGUACAAGUUAGUAUUGUACUGUAAUGACUGACUUGAUUGAGUUAGGUCUUGGAUUGUGUAUGAAGUUAAUGAUUUUAUAACUGUUCCACCUUGUUACAUCUGACAGAACCAGACAGGUAGUAAAUUAGUUUUUAUGUUGUUUUUAAUCUGUAUUUUCGUUUUAGUUUCAAAUUAAUUAUGUGUACAUUUUACAUGUACGAAUAAUGUGACUGAUUUAAAUAGAAUGUAAAAAGAUACUUGUUUUUUGAAGUAGCUCGAUCCCACUUACCCAUAUUCAUGUGGGGCAGUGUGAAAACAAACACUGUAUGGAAACUGAAGUAUGACCCAUUAUAUAAAUGAAAAGGGAAGUGUCACAUGUAAUGCAAUGGAAACCGAAGUGUAACCUCUAAUGCAGAAGGAAAGUGAAGUGUGACAUGUAAUACAAAGGGAAACUAAAUGGUUAUGUGUAACACAGGAGAAAACUGAAGCCUGACGCAUAAUACAGAAGGAAACUGAUGUGUCAAAUGUAAAACAAAAGGAAACUUUUGUGACCUUAAAAAUAGAAGGAAACUGAAGUGUAACCUGUAAUACAGAAGGAAAGUGAAGUGUGACAUGGACAUGUAAUACAGAAGGAAACUGAAGUGUGACACAUAAUACAGAAGAAAGUGGAAGUGUGGCAUGUAAUACAAAAGGAAACUGAAGUGACAUUUAAUGCAGAAGGAAACUAAAGUUUGACAUGUAAUGCAGAAGGAAACUGAAGUGUGACAUGCAAUGCAGAAGAAAAGUGAAGUCUGACAUGUACUUGACAGCAGAUCAAUUUUGGGGUCAUUUUCAUAAUAACUGUGUGCAUAAAUUCCGAUGAAAAAAAGGGCUUUAGCUGUUAAAAAGGUUGAAUUACAAUACACUGUAUAAAUGUUAGGAGUAAUACACAGGGUUUGUGGCUUGUGUGCGCACAGGGUUUGUACAUUGUGCUUAAUAACAGCAUUAACUUAUU